AUGCCUUCGUUUCGCUCUUUAAUCCAGAACAAAGCGUGCCUGAUCGGGACCUUCGUCAGUUUCAAUGACCCGUACAGCGCCCAGAUCCUGGCACAGUGCGGCUUCGACUGGCUCAUGAUCGAUAUGGAACACUCGCCGCUCUCAGCACAGGAAAUUACAGCCAUGGUGCAUUCCACUGUGGCGGCUUCGGCGGGAAAUUGCGCGCCCAUCGUCCGGAUUCCCUCGCACGGCGUCGAAUGGAUUAAAUGGGCGUUGGACAGCGGUGCCAGCGGCAUCAUUGUUCCCAUGGUGAACACCAAGCAGGAAGUUGACGGCGUCAUCAAACGAGCACUAUAUCCCCCAGCAGGGCAAAGAAGCUAUGGGCCUUUUCGAACACCCUUUGCUGAGAUCCCCGCCCCGCCGGACGUGGCCGACUACAAGCGGAAACGGUCACCGGAGGUUAUGAUCUUACCAAUGAUCGAAUCGAAAGAGGCGGUAGAGAACGCCGAGGACAUCAUUGGAACGGAUGGCGUGCACGGCAUCUUCAUCGGCCCUGUUGAUCUGAGACACUCACUGGGCUUCGAGGGAUCAACGGGGGAAGAACCAGAAUACAUCGCAGCCUUGCAGAAAGUGCUUCAAGUGGGCAAAAAGUUUGCAAAACCUAUCGGGAUUCUUGGCUCACAAGCUGCGGUCCCUGGUCUCGCAAAAAUAGGAUUCAGCUUCAUCAUGUUACCGGGGGGAGAUGCAGGUAUCCUGGCAGAAGCGGCCUCAGCGCUGCUCAAGGCGUCAAAAGAGUCCAUUAGCUAG